CAAUUUAGAUAUAUCUUUAAUUAGAAUUUCAAUUUGAUUUUCAUUCCAACACUUUUACCUCGAAAAACAAUUUCUGCUCUCAACUGUAAAUUCCUCGUACAUUUCUUCUUUUCUCUUUACUCCUUUCCCACCACUACAAUAUUUCAAUCAGAAAUUGUUGAAAGCAGGUGACCGUGAUUCAACGUGAUUCAGAGACUAGAAGCGACUUAAAGGACCAACACCAUGGACGAUGAAAUAAAUGAAUGGGAUGUGAGCGAGGAUAUGACGGAGGAUGAUUUAGAUUAUGACACUUCUAAAAUACCCUCGUCCAUUCCGGGAAGCAAAGUUGAAUACAGUUCAGUUCACACCCAAAACACAUCCGUUCAAUCGAAUCCGAAGGAAAAUCCAUUCUCCAUGGACGAAUACGAUACAGAUAUCCAAGAAUCGAAGAACCAGGAGGAGUUCAAAAAGUCCACAUCCCUCGGCCAGCUGGACAAGGACGCGUCCCAAAAACAAAAUCCAAAAUCGGGGAAGACGUAUCGAAAAUGCCAGCGCAAGUUCAAAGAGAUGAUAAUAAAUCGUGAACUGAAGAACGAAGAAUUGGAGAAGCAACAGGGGGAUCUGAAGCAUCGAUUGAACAUCUUGGAAUGCUCCAUGCCGGCCGUGAUGGUGUGGAAUAUCUGGAGGAUGGCUCAAGGGACGUGUGUACCUAAUCUCCAGCGUAUCAUGGAGAAGCAGUUCCAAGGCCCAGCUUCAGGGGAGGUGUAUUGUCCGAAGACGCCUAGCCGCCAUUUCGAUUGCAGAGUGAGGGAGGUCGAGGCAGAGAGGAAAGAGGCUCAGAGGAGGAUGGACGAGGCUAGGAAUCUUUGGACCGAGAAGGAAGCUCUGCUGGAGGACAAAAUGAGGAGGUUGGGGGAGGUUAAGAUCCUUCAGGAAGAGAUGAAAGAGAAGAUCGAGAAGCUAACUGUCGAGGCCCAGAAAUUGAAAGAGGCUUACAAGGUGGAGGACGAGGAUGAUCGCUCGUGCGAGGCUGGCGAGUGCGGGGUAAUAGAGUGCAAAAAGAAGUGGUUAAAGAAACUGCCUAGCAACGCGUCGAUUAAAUCGACCGAUAUCGAGUGUUUAGAAAAGCUUCAGGAAUUGGCCGAGACUGAAUUGUACAUGAAGAAACAAAUCGCCGAAUUGGAAAAUAGGGAGGACGCCUAUAUGAGAACGCUUCAACAAGCGGACGAUCUGUGGUGUAAAUUGGACAGCGAUGUUGCCAGCACUAUAAGCAGUUUGCAGGAGCAAUUAGAAAUGAAGACGGCGGCAAAUCAACAGAUGGCGGAUCGCAUCGUCGAGUUGGAAGAUAUAAUAGAGAAGCUCAGAUCAAGACUGUCCACCUGUAGAGGUGAAUUGGAGAAGUAUCUUAGCGUGAGCAAGAUAGAGGCUUUGGUGGGCAAAGAGGAUGACUUUGCCGAUGUACUUGACAUAGAUGUAGCGGUUAAAGUAGAUAUAAAAGAGGAAUUGAUCGGAGUUGAAGAUUUUGCGGAAAUCGAAGAGAUAGAAGUCCUAGCUAAGGUUGAUAUAGAGGAGAAGGAUGUUUUAGCGGUCCCGGAAAUAGUUGACGAUGAGGUGGAAGAGAAGCCAGAGAUAGUUGAUGUUGAUGUGGAAGUGACGCCAGAGAUAGUUGAUAUCUAUGUGGAUGUCAAGCCAGAGAUAGUUGAUGUUGAUUUGGAAAUCAAACCAGAGUUAGUCGAUGUUGACGUAGAAAUUAAACCUGAUGUGGUCGAAGAUGAAGUAGAGAUAAAACCUGAUAUAAUAGAGGCUGAGAUAGAAGCUGUACCUGACAUGGACGAUGUUAAAAUAGACACCGAUGUUGUAAAAGUGGAAGAUGAAGAAAUAGAAAUCAAACCAGAAGAUUUUGUUUAUCAAGAACAUAUGUUAGAAGAAGCUUCAGAAUAUUUGGACCAAAUAACAUCUCUCUCUGAAUUGGAUAAAUAUGAUGAUGAUUUUGUCUGCCCUGAAGGUUUCAUUUGUAACGAUGUAGUGCUCACUGAAACUGGUUUAACGGAAGAAGAAAUGAUUGCAUUGAAGGAAAAUCGUAUCACGCCAGAGCAAUUAUUAGAAGAACAUGGGUGGAAAAUAAACAUAGAAGAUCUAAUUGCUAAAAAACCAGUGACUGUUAUCGAUGAACCUAUAAAAGAGGAAAUAAAAAUUGAACCUCCAUCCAUUGAGAAAAUUGAACCUGUUGUUGAAGUAGAAAGAGAGCCAGAUGUUAUGGUGGAAAAGCCUAUACCUAUAGAAGAAAAAAUUGAUGUACCUGAACCAUUUGUGGAAGAAGUGAAACCUGUUGAGGAAAUUAAACCUAUAGAAGAAAUUACACCUGUAGAGGAAAUUAGACCAGUAGAAGAAAUUACACCUGUAGAGGAAAUUAGACCAGUAGAAGAAAUUACACCUGUCGAAGAAAUUAGACCGAUAGAAGAACUUAUUGAGGAAGUAAUACCACCGGAAGUUAUCAAAGUGGACGAAAGACCUAUAGAAGAAAUCAGACCAGUAGAGGAACCAACACCUAUUGAAGAAAUUAAACCCAUUCCAGAAGUUUAUCCUCCUGAACCUCCUUCUAUCAAAGUUGAAAGACCAGAUAUACCAAUUGACACGGAUAAUAUUAUUAUCCCACGAAAAGAAAUGUUAUCAUGGGAAGAUGAUGUUGAUACAAUUAGAGCAACGAUAGCGGAAUGUCCCGAUUGCGUGACCGUAAAGGAGGAUGCCGACAAGUUGGCCAUAAAGAUGGCAGCAUAUACUGAAACUGAUGUAAAGGAAAUAAUUGCAAAAGUUAGAAUUCCCGAAGAAAUACCCCCGCCAAAAGAAAUCGAAAUACAAGUCGAGCCUGAAGUACAGCCAAAAAUUGAAGUAGCUGCAGAAGCAAAACCUGUAGUUCGCGAAGAAAUGGUCGAAGUAAAAUUGGAACCUGAACAUCCUCCAGAACCACCUUCUUCACCAUUGAUAUCAACUUUAGUUGUGGAAGACGUUAAGGAAGAUGAAAUAUUAGAAGUAGCGCGUAAAUUGGAAGUAUUACCAGAAGUGAAAAAAGAAGAAGAAGAAGAAGUUCCUAUAGUAGAAGCACUUGCUCCAGAAGAUAUUAAAGAAGAAGAAGAGAUUAAAAAAGAACCGAUAGAAGAAGAGGAAAUUGUGGUGCCGUUAGAGUUUAAGGAAGAAAUUAAAGAAGAAAUACCAGAAAUUGUACCAGAAGUUGUACCAGAAGUUAAGCCAGAAGUUGUACCAGAAAUCAAGCCAGAAGUUGUGCCAGAAGUUGUACCAGAAGUUGUACCAGAAAUUGUACCAAAAGUUGAACCAGAAGUUAUGCCAGAAGUUGAACCAGAAGUUGUGCCAGAAGUUGUAUUAGAAGUUGUACCAGAAAUUAUGCCAGAAGUUGUGCCAGAAGUUGUACCAGAAGUUGUGCCAGAAGUUGUGCCAAAAGUUGAACCAGAAGUUGUACUAGAAAUUGUACCAGAAAUUGUGCCAGAAGUUGUGCCAGAAAUUAUGCCAGAAGUUGCACCAGAAGUUGUGCCAGAAGUUGAACCAGAAAUUAUACCAGAAGUUGUAUCAGAAAUUGUGCCAGAAGUUGUAAUAGAUGUUGUAUCAGAAGUUGUACCAGAAGCUGUACCAGAAAUUAUACCAGAAGUUGUACCAGAAGUUGUACCAGAAAUUGUACCAGAAGUUGUACCAGAAAUUGUACCAGAAAUUGUACCAGAAAUUAUACCAGAAGUUGAACCAGAAGUUGAACCAGAAAUUGUACCAGAAAUUAUACCAGAAGUUCCACCAGAAAUUGUACCAGAAAUUAUACCAGAAGUUGUACCAGAAAUUGUACCAGAAGUUGUACCAGAAGUUGUACCAGAAGUUGUACCAGAAAUUGUACCAGAAGUUGUACCAGAAAUUGUACCAGAAAUUGUACCAGAAGUUGUACCAGAAGUUGUACCAGAAAUUGUACCAGAAGUUAAACCACCAAAGAAACCUAUAAAAAUAAAACCGAAAGAAGAAGUAAUUUGCACAUGUCCACCUUUUCGUCCUCCUGUUACUUCCACGUUGCCAUUUCAGAUACCUCCUAAAAAGAUUGAAAUUACUCAGACGGAAAUCACAAGGAUCGAAACCGUUUAUCAUCAAAUGAUCACUCAAACAGUGGCAGACGUCGAGACACAAACGACUCCAAGACUGCAACAACCCCAACAACCCCAGUUAGUAACUAUUACAAAAGCGAUAAAUCCAGAUCCAGAAACGAUGCAGCAACUAUUACAAUUUAAAAAGCCUUUAAAGGAGCAGGAAAUAUCCAUGACAUUUCAAAAAACUUCGAAAAUUGCAAAAAGUUCGUCCCUUCAUAUGAAAGCCACGGGUUUAAGUGGCUAUUCUUAUCCUCCUGCUGCUCCCUAUGAAACUCUUUCCGCCAUUAUGCAAUCUAUGAAAACGGAGAGCAUGAAACCCGGCCCAGAAAAAGAACUUAGAUCCAUCUAUUAUACCAAGAAGUCUGAAGAGAUGGAGCAAGGGAAAUGCAAUUGUUGUAAAUGUGGAAAGAAAUUGCCUGCGACGUACGAGCCGGGUCCAACGUUGAAAAAACCUACCACCAUCCAGCCGACUCAACACGAGGCUCUUUGCGCAGAUUGCAAACUUAAAAAAAUUCAAAAGGUUCUGAAGGCACAAGAUCCUUUGAAGAAGGUACCUAAGAAGCACACAUGUGAUCAAGAGAUUUGUACUUGUACACCGACAACGAUACCGACACCGACACCAACCAAGGGUCUCAAAAAACCUUUUCCAUGCAAAAUGAAAAAGGAAAAGAUGGAUCAAGGUUGUACAGCGAAGAUUCCCAAAUUGAAACGAAAGCCAAAAAUAAUGGACAAUGAUGAUGAUCAAGAUUCAGUGCAAUGCACCUGCAGCGGUAUAAUAGAGACUAGAGAAGGAUUGAAAAGAGUACAUUGUGCCUGUGGUGAUCCUGAUUGAUCUCGUCCUUGUAAAUCUUGUCGUUGAUCUAGUGAUAUCUUAACGAAAUGUAUUUACAAUCGUUCAUCUAUAUAUAAUAUUAAUUGUUGUUGAAACGUGAUUUAUUAUGGACCAUGAACGUUCAUGAACUUCGUAUCGGAUUUCAGUCAAACUGGUGAAGUGAAUGGAAAGUUUGAGUCCUUGUCUUUCAGUUUCUGAAUACAUAAUGUCGUAAAGUCCAUAAAGUCCAAUAUCAUUUUUCAACAUUUUAUUAUAAAUUAUAUCAAAUGUAUUCAUGGUAUUAAAAUCAUCGAGUC